AUGACCAAACGGCGACUGGUUGUUGGUGUGUCGGUGAGUGUGGCGGCGGUGGCUUGUGCGGUGGCUGCGACGGUGGUGGUGCGUAGAAUGAGAAGCAGGAAGAAGUGGAAUAAAGUGGUUGGAGUGUUGAGGGAACUGGAGGAAGGGUGUGAUACGACGGUUGGGAGGUUGAGGCAGGUGGUGGACGCCAUGGCUGUGGAGAUGCACGCUGGUUUGGCAUCAGAAGGUGGUUCCAAGCUCAAAAUGCUUCUCACCUACGUUGAUAAUCUCCCUAAAGGGACUGAGAGAGGAACAUAUUAUGCAUUAGAUCUUGGGGGUACAAAUUUCAGGGUUUUGCGGGUUCAUUUACGUGACCAACAAUCUUCUGUCUUGGAACAUGAAGUAGAGAAACAGCCCAUUCCCCAAGUUCUAAUGACUAGCACAAGCGAGGAUCUCUUUCAUUUCAUUGCUUCUUCAUUAAAGGAAUUCAUUGAGAAAGAAGGUGAUGGUUCUGAGCUUUCACCAGACAGAAGAAGGGAACUUGGAUUUACAUUUUCUUUCCCUGUGAAACAAAUGUCUGUUUCCUCAGGCAUUUUAAUAAAAUGGACGAAAGGGUUUUCCAUUGUAGAUAUGGUAGGAAGAGAUGUUCCUGCAUAUUUGCAGGAAGCAUUGACACGAAAAGGCCUAGACAUGAGGGUGGCUGCCUUGGUUAAUGACACUGUUGGAACAUUAGCUCUCGGACAUUAUCAUGAUGCAGAUACUGUUGCUGCUAUAAUAAUUGGCACUGGUACCAAUGCCUGCUAUUUGGAACGGACUGAUGCUAUUAUCAAGUGUCAAGGUCUUCUUACAACAUCAGGAUGCAUGGUUGUGAAUAUGGAAUGGGGAAACUUUUGGUCAUCUCACUUACCAAGAACAUUGUAUGACAUUGAUUUAGACGCUGAAAGCCCUAAUCCAAAUGAUCAGGGUUUCGAGAAAAUGAUAUCAGGAAUGUAUCUUGGUGACAUCGUUAGGAGAGUGAUUCUCAGGAUGUCGCUAGAGUCAGAUAUGUUUGGACCUAUUUCUUCUAAGCUUUCCAUACCUUUCAUACUGAGUACUCCUAAGAUGGCUGACAUGCAUGAGGAUGUUUCUCCUGACUUGAGAGAAGUAGCUAGAAUCCUUAAAGACAUCCUUGAGAUUCCUGAGGUUCCUUUGAAGGUAAGAAAAAUUGUGGUGAAGGUGUGUGAUGUGGUUACUCGUAGAGCUGCUCGAUUGGCAGCUGCUGGUAUUGUUGGUAUCUUGAAGAAGAUUGGUAGGGAUGGGAGCGGUGGCAUCACAGGUGGACGUAGAAGUGAUAUGAAAAUGAAAAGAACAGUUGUGGCAAUUGAAGGAGGUUUAUAUUCUAGCUAUACAUUGUUUAGGGAGUACUUACAUGAAGCAUUGAACGAAAUAUUGGGUGAAGAUAUUGCUAAACAUGUAAUUCUUAAGGUCACCAAAGAUGGAUCGGGCAUUGGAGCAGCACUGCUUGCUGCCUCGCAUUCAUCCUAUAAUGUGGAUACGGUACAGCUGCUAUAA